AUGGCACCAGUUAGAUCCUCGAGAGACAACAACACAGCAAGUACAAAUGACCAAUUGGCUGAUGGAAAUUCGUCAACAUCGAUGCGUCUUCCCUCGAUGACUUAUCCACAGGGGACUGUUAGGACUACUCCACCCACCAGUAACGAGUCUGAGUAUGGGAAUAAUGGACAACAGCAGAACGCCACGUCAUCGAAACCAGAUCUCGAAUCUGAGUACCAUCGCAGAGCACAUCAUUCUCGCCAUCGGCAUCAUCAUCGCGUGGAAGACGGCCUUGGUGAAAAAAUCAAGGAGGCACAAUCCCAAUUGAAAGACGGUGGCCACAUUCAUAUAGUUCAUGAACCGCACGGCGAUCAUCACCAUCAUAAAGUGUACGUUCAUAAUCCAUUGUCUUCGGCUACAAACGAGGAAAUGGCAGGAUUCACAUCGUCUCAGCAACAGCAGCAGGAACAACAGGAACAACAGGAACAACGGGAACGGCAGGAACAGCAGGAACAGCAGGAACAGCAGGAACAGCAACAACAGCCCCACGAAUCACAACAAGAAGAACAUACUUUCACUAAACCAUCGGCCAACAAUGAAAGUACAAUAUUGCAAGGGGAUUCUACAAUCGCUGAUAAUUCAACCACUUUGAAUCAAACCACUAUUCUUGACCAGUCAACGAUUGCGGCACAAAUUGCGGCUCAACCUUUUGAGAAAGGCCGAAUGACCGUUACAUCCUGGAAUGUGCUUGAAGAAGUUUCAAAGAUACCGAGAAAACAUCUUGGCUCUAUAGUAUACGAUGAGUACCCUACAUACCAUACUGCGAUCAGAUAUCUAAGAAAUAUGAGUGUGGUGGACUUAAAACUGCUGGAAGAUGAUGAAAAGCGUUACUUUGAGGUGGAAAAGAAGCGCAAGGAGUUUGGAAUACACCAGAACAAGCGAAUAGAACUUCUUCCUGACACCAUCCGCAAUUAUAUCAACUGUACAAUAGACGUGUAUGUUCCUUAUGGCGCAUUAUUUGACAAUCCUAACGUGUUUGACAAUCGCGUGUGGGGAACAGAUAUUUACACAGACGAUUCCGAUAUAGUGGCUAUCUUGUAUCAUUGUGGAGUUCUUCACUCGCAAGAUCCUACUAGGAAGCGGUCAAAGAAAGUUCCAAGGAGGGAGCAGCAACAACAGAAAAAAGAUCUCAUUUAUUCGUCGACAACGCAUGAGUACCAGUUCACCAACUUUACCGGUGCAAUUACUCCUGGAAACCAAAAUAAUCUUCACAAUAUCGUGAAUGCGACAUCCAAUGAAGAUGAUGCAGCAGACCUUAUUGUGACGUUAUUAAUAUUACCGACGUUGAGGAAGUACCAAAGAUGCUACAGAAACAACUACAAUUCCAGAAGUUGGAUUAACCACGAUGGAUGCUCGAUUGCCUUAUUUGGUGUGAGAUGGUGCCAAGUGGGGGAAGGAAUAUACUAUGGAGGUAUUUCACAGCAUGGAUCAUUCAGAAAAAGGCUGCUAAAUGAGAGGCUAGAGAUUGCAGAGAAAGCACGUAGACAGAAAGAUCCAGAGCCUUUUAAAGGCAACGUUGAAAGGAAGGAGACUAAAGAGACCAUAGGACGAUGGGCUGCAGAUAAAAGGUUCUGGAGACAAAACAUAGGUGAUUCAAGUGAAUAG